CCCUCAACUCCAGUCCCGUUGGGCUCAAACUGAGGUGCCAGCAUUUGAACGUAGUGCUGGCACCGCAAAACCGGAGUUAAGGGCUGUGAAACUCCACAAUGACCAAAGGUACAGAGUGGAGUUUAGUGAGGAGAACCGCAAGCCCCUUUUCGCCCUUACCUCCAGUGUGCUGAGUUCGGACGUGAAGCUUCGGAAACCAGAGGUGACGGGACCUCCCGUUUCGUGUUUCGUCUGAACCUGGCCACUGCCGGUGUUUCCACAUUGUGCAUGUCAACUCACAAUAAUGACAGUCUUGUUUAUUUGUUUGUCUGCUACCUUUCAGACCACGGCCUCUCAAGGCAGUUUCCAUACAACAGGGGGAGGAAACUCAUUAGCAGUUGUUGGUUCUUUGCCCGGUUUACGGCACGUGUUGUUAUAGAGUCUCCCCCCAAACUCAGUAACCUUAUUUAGUAAUGUAGUCAAUAACCAGUUUGUUUUCUGGAGAAAGGGGAGGGGAAGCCCAAACACUGCAGCAGCAACAACAACAAAACAAUAAGCCUAACGUCUGUUCCUAAACGGGAUGGGCCGUUUCCUCGCCCCGAUGGUUGGAAAAGAUCUUGCAGAUCGGAGCUGGGAAGGCCUGCCGCUUCUGUCUGUCCAGCUACCUGCACGUCAUUUGGACAGCAGAGGCCCUGCCAUCGCACGUCAAACCCGAGAGGCGAGUCGUGCGGCGGCAGCGGCGGCAUGAGAACGCCAAACACCGCCCAAUGCAUUGUAGCAGCGAGACAAGAAGGUUUCAGUGCUAAAUUCUUAGCAAACAUUGGCCAGGGCUUGGAAGAAUGCCCCCUUUGUACUGCAGCUGAAGCGGAGAAGGCCGGGGCGCCGUGCCAGAGUCAGGCAGAGAGCUCAACCUUUGUCUCUUUGGUCUGACGCCAGGUCCGAAGAAGAACCAGGAAAACAGCAGAGCCAUCGGAAGCCGCUUCAGGCCUGCCACAGCCACAGCUGUGUCCUUGCCGUCUUCCCCAGAGUGAAAUGUGGUCCACUUCUUGCUCCCCGACAGGGGAGUCGUCCACACCUUCGUGAUGCUUGCGCUCUUCUCUCUGGCCUGGAGUGCCCCCUAGUGGGAAGCCACAGAGCUGUCCGCCGUGAGUCACAAGAGAGUGACGUUGGAAACCCCAAGCUAUAAACAGCAGGAUAGAGAGAGAGAGCUCUGCUGGUGCCAGCUGUCUCCCGGAGAUCCAAGGAACCGUGAGGGGGACGCCACCCAAGGGAGCAGCGGAUGGCCUAGAGGAGGGGAGGAAGGUCAGCGAGGCAUCCAGGGAGAGAAGGACCCCGGGGAGGUAUCCUUUUGGCGAAGACGGUGCAGCCCUCCGCGGAAGGAAGAGAAGGCCAGAGAGGGGCUGUCGGAACGUUAGCCUGACUGGGUCCCCAUCCUCUGUGUCGGCAUCCAUCAUAAGCUUUUCCCCUCUGUCGGCCUUCUCCCGUCCCGAGAUGUUCUCCAAAAGGAAGUCCUGUGGCCCCCUGCCGACCUGCCCCAAUGUGCUCACACCGGACAGGAUCCCCCGUUUUUUCAUCCCGCCCAACCUGGCCAGCCUUCAGGGCCGGCGCUCACAAAGGAGCGGCAGCCCCGAAGCCCGUGGGGCUCUGGCCCAGCCUGCCGAGCAGCACAUCGUCGAGGUCGAGAGCUCCGAGUGGGAGGAAGGCCGAGCUCUUGGGCGUCUCCACAGCGCCUCUUCCAUGCCCCAGCUCUCUAGCCCAGCAGACUUGGUCUUCCUGCCAGAGAGUCCCCACACGCGCCGCCGGGAGUCCCUCUUCCACGGGGAACGCCUGUCCCACCGGUUCCAUGGGGCCAGGUUCUCCUCUCCACCGCCGCCGCCACGGCCUCUCUCACACCCUGGCUUGGCCUUGGACAGCGACACGGCUUCAUCCACCGAGACGUCCCCCUACAACUCCCCUUCACUGAUGCGCUCCCUGGGCAGCCCCCUGACACGCCAAGUGUACGGCCAUCGGCGGAGACUCGUGUGCCGUUCCGCCGAUAUCAACACACUGCCUCGGCCCAACUCCUUGUCCACCGAGGAGACCAGCUCCACAGACACCAGCCCCAGCUUUCCACGCCGGGAACCCGGAUGGGGGUCUCCCGGAACCCUCCCCUCUCCGCCUCUCUUCCCAUUGGACUUCAUCCGCUGUCACGAACGUAUCACCAAGGAGGUGAUGUUGACGGUCAGCAAAGGUGGACGCCUGAGGCUCUCCAGUGAAUACCUGCAGCCGCAGGGGCGCCUCCGCGUCCGGCUCAUCAGCGCGGAAGCGUUCUACUCCGCCCAAUGCGACCCCCGGCAUGUCAGCUGCUGCGUCUCCCUGCGGUUGCGGCCGGGGGUGGGGCAGCGGCAGCGGAGCGCCGUAGUCAAGAGGAGCCGUAAUCCAAUCUUCAACGAGGACUUUUUCUUUGAGGGGGUUUCACAGGACGAGCUGCCCAGGCAGAGCCUGAGGCUCAAGGUAGUCAACAAGGGCUCCGGAAUACGGCGGGAUGUGGUCCUGGGUGAAUGCGACGUCCCACUGGAUUUCCUCUUGCCCCCGUAGGGGUCCCUCCCAGAUGCUGAAGCAUGCCGACAGGAAGUUGCCUUGAAGUUGCCGUCAUGGCAGGAAGAGACAGACCCACAAGGGAUCUUGGCAGGAAGAGGCGGGGCCACAAGGAUUUUUGGCAGGAAGAGGCGGGGCCACGAGAGCUCUUGCUUGCCUUCCAUUUUGACAAGAGAGGCUUUUCUCCAGGUGUUGGAAUCUCUCACUCUGCGCCCCCCCCCCCCGCCCCAUGUCUGGUUCUCUGCACUGCUGUGGUGGGUUGCCAGCAGAGGGCGCUAUGGGUCCUCUGCGUUUGAUAGCCGCCAGUUUUGAGAGACUUGCACCGCAGUUUGGGCCUGAAUCAUUGUGUGAAAUCCACGUCUCCCUACCCCUUGUUACUAAUUCCAUACAGACUCUGCUCUCCCUGGACCCUGUUCCUCUGCCCCUUCCCCACCUCUCAGUCUCUCCCGAUUUUCGUCCUGGCAGAUCCUGACAGCAUCUCAUUACUGAGUCUUUUAGACAGAGGCUGGGAAAGAGGCUGUAACAGAGCACGCUCUUUGCAUGCCCCAGAUUCCGCCCUCUGGGAUGCCCUGGGAAAGACCCUCCCCUGAAACCCUGGCUGCAAGAAUACUGGGCUAGAUGGACCAAUCGCUCGACGGCUUCAUCAUCCUGUUUGAUGCAUUGUGAGAAUUGUGGGAAACGAGAGAAAACAGGAGGAAAGCUAUACGCUGCCCAGAGCCUUUGGCAGAAGAGCGAACAGUAAAUCCAAAUCAAUAAAGAUUUGCAUACGUGCUGCCGUG